AUGGAGCAGAAGACAAAGUCAUUUCUUUCCAAAAUAACCCGGCUGGAGAUUGCUGUUUUAGCAGGCAUUUUGCUUAUCGUGCCUGUGGUGAAGUCUUUGUACACUCUUUUAAACAGAUUUCCGCAUUUGCCUGCAACAGUAGGUGUUUUUUGUCCUGUUGUGCUGAAUGGAAUUGGAAGCUCUUUCGGUAUUUCCAACAUUGGCAAGUCCACUGCAGGCGGGUCGGUGCGGUCUCCUACACUCGUGAUGAAAAGUCUGCUGGGAAUUGUUCUGUGCGAGGCCAAUCUUAUCUUCAGUAUUCUCUGCUUUUUCUUUUUAAAGGAGAGAUCGAUAGAGAUAUCGAAAGAAGCCGUUAUGACGCUGAAAAGCGUGCAGUCUUCGUGGGCCAUACUUGCCAGCGGGCUUGUCUGCGGGAUAUGCGGCAUGGUCUCUUCUUUUGGAAGCGCAGUGGUUAACUCAUCCAGCUCUAUAUCCAUCGCAGGGAACUCAAAGAUGUUCUCCAAGCUUGUUAGUUUGCAGCUGAUCGUAGGAGGAGUGGGCAUAUUUGGGACUGUCAUUUCGCUGUUCUUUUUGAGGCUUCCUUCUUCUUCCUAG